AUCCGCAAUUCUCUGUUGUUUGGGCACUAACAGAGAGCAUCCGCGAACCACGCAGGAUCACCGCGACCCAGGGCGACCGCGCCUUGGCAUGGCAGACCGACGGCGACCGUCACGGCCCAAUCUUGCCCCGACGCGCUAAAGCCUUAGCAAAGGGCAACUCGAGCGCACCAUGCAUGCGCAGCCGCCUAAACAAAAACGACGGACGCGGACGCACGGCAAGUGAUCCAUCUGAGACCUCGAUGGCGCCGCGGCCGCCGGGCCACCCUUUGUGGUUCGCGGUCCUCGGCUCUGUCGUCGCGGCCGUCCCGUUGGUCCCGAGCCAGCGCCCUUUGGCCGAGAACAUCACCGAGUACUUCAAGAGCCGGGCCCGUUCGUCUCGCGACCGGCUAGCAACGGAGCGGCGCCCGAAGCCGACGCUCCAAAUGCCCUUCGUCUUCAUGCACCAGCGGAAGGCCGGCGGCAGUUCGAUGCGGAGCGUGCUCGUGCACGCGGCCCAGCAAAAUAACCUCACCUACUGGGUGCCAUGCUACAACAAAAUCGGCUGCGAGAACUAUGACCCGCCCGUCGACGGCACGGCGAAGAAGUUUGCCGUGUUUGGCGGCCACAUGUACUGGUCGGGCGUCGAGAAGGCACUCGGCACCGCCCGCGGCAAGCGCCCACACCUGGACAGCAACGUGCCUUUCGAGUGCUACACGAGCUUCCGCGAGCCCCUCGGCCGCGUGGCCUCGUGCUGGGACUACCGGGGCUUCCGCGCGUUCGCCGGCGAUAACAUAUCGGCCAUUACGCCGGCGAAGUUCCGCGAGUACCUCGCGGAAGGCAUGAAUUCCUAUGACGAGGGCUGCAACAACGAACCGCUACGGUUGCUGUCCGACUCGGGUCGCGCGGAGGAGAAGGUCAACAAGCUGACGUCCGGGACCGGCGGGGAACCGUGGUGCGACGCCGACGGCUGGGCCCUCGACGCCGCGGCCACGCUCGAGCGGACGUUGGCGCACCUGACGGAACAUUGCGUCGUAGGGGUGCUGGAACGCUGCGAGGACACGAAGGCGUCAGUCGAAUUCUUCUUUCCAUGGCUCGCGGCAUCGUUCGACUGCGGCGUGCACCUCAAUAAGUACAGCGGCAGCGCCCACAGCGACCUGACGAGGUCGGAGGAAGCCGAGAUCAAGCAUCAGAAUCGGCUCGAAUACAUGGCCUACGACGUCGCUAACCGCCUCCUCGACGCGCAACUCGAGGUCGUCGCCGCCGCGCGCAGGCCGGCGGGACAGCACAACUUUGUUGCAUGAGCUACGUCCACGUUACAGUGCAGUGUAGAAGUGCAGUGUAUAUAUCUAACUGUGUACUCCAGAUACUUGGCCAUUACUAGUAGUAAUCAUCCGG